GCCGAGAAUUUAGAACAGAGGAGAAGAGGCAGAGCAGAGAGGCAGCCAAGGCACGUUCGCUCCCCUGUUCUCGCCCUCCGCCCCUUCAUCUCCCCCUCGCGAGCUCGCAUGGAACGCAGCAUACGUCGUGGCACGGCCGCUUCUGUCCAUCGCCUCUCCAGCCUUACAGAGUUAGCGAAGCGCUAACCAAGCUCAGGAGAUCGGUUGAUAGAUCACUUCAAGCGGAGGUAUCAGCUGCCUUACUCUAAGGAGUAAUAGAGAAAGCCACGAAGAGCAAUCUGAGCUGUGGAAGAAAUGGCUGUGCGGCUUAGCCGGCCAUUUCCUUCGAUAGGCGGUGGCGGCAGUUUCGUGCCCAAUUCCCGUCUAUCUACGACAAAGCCACGCGAAAUCUGCAUGGCUUCAUACCAUCCAUCAUGGAAGAGAGAUUAUACAAGUGUAAUGAUAGUGCCCACUGGGGUUGGCGCGUCCAUUGGAGGAUAUGCCGGUGAUGCUUUGCCUGUUGCCCGCACUCUCUCUUCAGUUGUCGAUUGCCUCAUCUCUCACCCCAAUGUUCUUAAUGCAGCAAUGCUCUACUGGCCAAUGCCUAAUGUGUUAUAUGUUGAAGGCCAUGCUCUUGAUCAGUUUGCAGAAGGCUCAUGGGCACUGCAGCCUGUUCACCAAAAUAAGGUUGGUCUUGUUCUUGAUGCUGCAAUAGAAGAAGAGCUUCGAGUUCGUCACUUACAAGUCGCUGAUGCAACACGAGCUUCACUUGGUUUGCCUGUUCUGGAAUAUAUUGUCACGGAUACCGCAUUAGAGGUGGAGAAAUGGAUUGAUCCUGAGAAUGGUCAUUCUACUGGGAGGAUCAAGCAUCCUGGCGCACUAUUGAGAGCUGUACAAACUUUAGUAAGCAGAGGAAAGGUAAAUGCUAUUGCUGUUGUGGGACGCUUCCCCGACGAUGAUUUGGAUGACACGGAUGAUUAUCGACAAGGGAUGGGAAUAGAUGAUAUAGCGGGAGUUGAGGCACUUAUAAGUCAUUUGGUGGUAAAGGAGUUUCAGAUACCCUGUGCUCAUGCUCCUGCUAUGUCGCCCCUGCCCCUCAGCCUCUCUCUCUCCCCGAAAUCGGCUGCAGAGGAGUUAGGAUAUACAUUCCUUCCUUGCGUGCUUGCCGGGCUAAGCAAUGCACCUCAGUACUUAGUCGACAAAUCGGAGUUUAUGGAGAAAAGGUGCAUAUUAAGCAGUGAUGUUGAUAGUGUUGUUCUUCCUAUAGAUGCUUGUGGAGGUGAUGGUGCUCUUGCUUUCGCAAGAAGGAAAAAGAAGCCACUGAUAAUCGUUGUGGAGGAGAAUGAAACAGUUCUCAGUGACACACCAGACAAGCUACAGAUUGAAGCGGUAAAGGUGUCUAAUUACUGGGAAGCAAUAGGUGUUAUUGCAGCUCAUAAGGCCGGCGUGCUCCCAGAUGCUCUAAGGAGGAACAGGAUAGGCAACAUCUGCAGUGUUUCAGUUGCACCUCCUAACGGCAGUGCAGUUGCUAGUUUUGCCUCUUCUGCUUGAUCUGAUGUAGAGGCCUCAUUCAAACGACACAGUUAAAUGGCACGCACGGGAACUUCUUGAUGUGCAAAAGGGAUUUAUGGCAAGAAUCACGUAGAGGACUCAUUUGCAAUAUCGAGUACUUUAGAUUGACCAAUAAUGUCUUCUGUUUUAUCUUUUCGUCGGUGUUAAGAGUCCUCUACCUAAAUAGAUAGUGGACCCGACGCUUUUGUGGUUGAUCUACUCUCUCCUUCUCCCUGUGGGUCACCAAGGUGGCCGACAUUACUUGCUCCAAAACAAGGCUUAGGUGUUUGAUGGAACAUAAAUCCGCUGGUCCAGAAGUACAAGUGUACCACGUUGGUAAUGGUCCUCACAUUGUCACUUCAAUGCCUUAUCGACUUGUUUCGAUUGAUUA